AUGGCCACGGUAGCGGCAGCGGCAGGUCUAAAGGAAGAAUCCAUUGAGGAAAUCCGUUCCUUUUUGGAUACCAAGGAGGCAGAUUUUGGAUUGGACGAACGGGCGAAGAAAUUGGUUUCAUUCAUUUGUCAACAAGAUGAAGAAGGAUACCGCGUAUUGAGCAAUGUCAUUGUCACCCAACAACCUACUAAUCAAGAUGAUGUUGGUGAUAUUGCUGCAGCCGCCGCUCGAUCGUACCGGGCUAUGAACAUUUUGAAACAAGACUUGACCAUGGAAACCUCACCCUAUCUACAGCAUUUGAAUAAGCCCUUGAUUAUAACCCAACCCGAUCAAGCAGGAUUGUUGGCGAAGCAACUGUUGGUGGCACUGGCCAACAAGGACCAACCAUCCUAUACGGUCCUUCACAUUCGAGAAGUCUUGGCCAUGCUGAUGGAUCGAUUUCCGGGGAAUGUCUUGGCUUCUGCGGCAAGUGGAGGCAAACAAGGAUUGCAAGAACACUUGGCACCGUUACUACUUCAUUCUCCUACUACCCUUUCCAUAUUGACCAACUUGGUUUGUUAUGGUUGUACGGGACGACGCGGAGAGCCAUCGGCUGAAAAGUCUGCGGCUAGCAUGCAACAGCAACAACAAAUGAUGAGGAAUCAAAAGAUUGCAGCCGGAGCCCGCAAAAAAUUUGUUCGACAAAUGGCCGAAUUUCAACUUUUUGAUCGAUUGGCACAAUCUCUCAAGACAGAAGAAGCAUCCGGUGAAGAAGUCUGUGAUGCCAUUCUGACCAUUCUCGAAGUGGUGGGAUAUCCACCAGAAGACCCUACUGCUGCUGCUACUGCUACUAAUGCUGCUACUGCUACCAACAACAAAUCAUCCCCUCCAUCCACUCCACAAGUCGGAGAGAAUCUCUUGUUUGGUCCCCUCACUUCCGGGGAUUGGUGGAAGGAUUUACUGGAAGCGUUGCAACAGGAAACAAGAAUGGAAAAGAAGGAAUCCAUUGCCCGUACCUUGCACUCGGCCUUUGGCCUAGCCACGGGCAAUUCGUCACGAAUUGUCAAGAGUCAUGCUCCCGCCAGGGAUGCCACGGAACUCCCGCAAGGAGAAGAAAACAAGGAAGAGGAAGAAGAACAUAUCAUCAACAGAUUAGUCGAAUGGGAAUUGACGGAUCAAAUGCACGCUGCCUUGUUGCAACAACUGCCACUAUUGUUACGAACAUUGAAUUUGCCACGGUCCGAUAUCUUGAAUUAUCAUGCGACCGAUGAAGAAACCUCAAGUAACAGCAGUCCUGAUGCUGCUGCUGCUGCUGCUACCACCACCAGCACCACCACCAACGACAACAACAACGACAACAACAAUACUACUACUGCUACCAUUCGGCAUCCGGGUCGGUAUCGAACAGUGCCCAUGGGAUCUUGGAGAGUCCAACUAUUGUCACUAUUGAAGGAAAUCAUUUGCUACAACAACAAUGGUAAUAGCCAAUCCACUCGAGCUAUGGAUGCCUUGAUGGAAUUUCCGUUGGCGCCGGAAUUGCUAAAGUCCAAGAAACAGCAAAAGGCAGCGGAUGAAUCGAAAUCAUCCAAAGGGGGAGAAUCCAAGGAAGACGAUGAAACUCCAUACAAUCCAUGGCCUGCGCUAUGCUCCUUGGUGUUUGCCUAUCCCUACAAUGACUUUUAUCACAAUAUUUUCUACCAAAUGCUCCAAACGGUAGUCCUACAGCAUCAUGAACCAACACUUCGUGUGAUUUUCCAAAAGAGCAAAUUCUUGAGCCGGGCGCUUCGAUCUCUCAAUGAGUCGUCGGCUCUCAAGGGUCUCAUUUUGCAAGUAUUGAAUUUGUUGAGAUUACGAAGUCAGUCAUUGGCUCCCAAUGCCUUUUUGGCUCAAUACUUGGCAUCCCACGAUUUGUGGAAGGAAGCGUCGGAUCAAUUCAUUGAAUUAACCUUGUACCAACAAAAGCCAAUCAAACAAGCUCCAGGUAUAGUGCCCACCAUGAUGCUCACAGCAUCAUCAUCUGAAACGACAAUAAGUUUGGCAGAUAUCGAAUUGGGUACCGAUUUUGCCAACAAGUUGGGCCUGUCGGGGAUUUCCAAAUGGGAUGGUAGCAGCUUGGAGGAGGCUGUCGAAGACGAGGCAUCGAAAGCAGCAGCUGCAGCUGCAGCUGCUGCUGAGCAACAAGAUGGACAAGGCGGGAAGAACAAGAAAAAGAAAAACAACAAGAAGAAGAAAAAGAAGAAAUAA